UUGUUAUUAAGAAUGAUGUAUUGGAUAGUUCAAUUCUGUAAGGCUGAUUAACGAACGAAGAGUAGUGCAUUUACAGGGAAAUUAGGUGUAAACAUCCUCAAGCAAUGGAUCCUUUUGUUGAGAAUAAGACUUAUAUGACCAUCUUGUUCUACAAUAAAAUAAUUUGCACAGGAUUUAAAAAGUUUAUCGGAAAUUCUAAUUCAAACAACUACCUGAAGAAACUUUUGGAUGGAAAAUGUUGCAGGUUCUGCUGGAUCAAGUUCAAAGGGAGAUAAAUCUAUUAUACUUGCAGUAGCUUUGCCACUAUUGUUUGCGUUGAUUCUUCUAGGUUUAGGUGUUGGCCUGAUUCUUUAUAAACAGAGAAGGAGAGAGGAUCCAGUGGUUACGACAAGGGGGAGAUUUAGUGGUCACAACAACAAGAAUGAUAACAACAAUCAAAGUCACCAUGAAGAUUUUGAGCUACCACUUCUUGAUUUGCUUACAUUAGUCAAUGCUACUGACAACUUCUCAAUUGCGAACAACAUUGGAGAGAGGUACCUUUGUUUUGUCUACUCUACAGUCAUACUGCACUGCCAAGGCAAUUGA